AUGGGCUAUCCAAAUGUUCAUUUCAAUCCAGAAAAGUAUGAUGACCCUUUAGCAUUUAAUCCAUGGCGCUGGAAGGAAAAAGACUUGACUGCAGUCCUCUCCAAGACUUUCAUUCCCUUUGGCGCUGGUUCUAGAAUGUGCUUAGGAGCUGACUUCGCUAAGCUGCUGAUAGCCACUUUUAUCAAUCAUUUGUUUAGAUACAGGUGUGGUCACUGCCAGAAGCUUACUCCUGAGUACGAGAAGGCUGCAUCAGAUUUAAGCAGUCAUGACCCUCCUCUCGUUCUUGCCAAGAUUGAUGCCAGUCAGGAAGCAAACAAAGGAUUUGCAAAAGAGUACGAGAUUCAGGCUUUCCCCACCAUCAAGAUUCUGAGAAAUAGAGGCAAAUCCAUUCAAGAUUACAACGGACCUCGUCAGGCUGAGGGUAUUGUCUCUUAUGUGAAGAAACAAAAUGGCCCUGCUUCAGCUGAAAUUAAGUCAGCUGCAAUUGGUACUGAGGUUGUGGGUGACAAAAAUGUUGUUGUUGUUGGUGUGUUCCCUAAAUUAUCCGGCGAGGAGUUUGAUUCUUUCAUGGCCCUUGCUGAGAAAUUGCGUGCUGACUAUGAUUUUGCACACACUUUGGAUGCAAAGUUGCUUCCUCGUGGAGAGUCAUCUGUGGCAGGACCUUUAGUAAGGCUAUUCAAGCCUUUCGAUGAACUGUUUGUCGAUUCCAAGGAUUUCAAUGGGGAAGCUCUAGAGAAGUUUGUCAAAGAAUCAAGCUUUCCACUUGUCACUAUCGUUGACAGUGAUCCAAGCAACAACCCAUAUUUUGCCAAAUUCUUUGACAGGCCUGCCACUAAGGUAAUGAUGUUCGUUGAUUUCACCGGAGAAACAGCUGAAUCUCUAAAAUCUAAGUACCAUGAAGUUGCUAAAUCCUACAAAGGACAAGGUCUUGCCUUUCUUUUCGGUGAUCUCAAGUUUAGCCAAGGCGCUUUUCAGUACUUUGGACUAAAAGAGAGCCAAGUUCCACUCAUCAUUGUGGAGACUCCUGAUAACAAGAAGUACUUGAAAGCAAACGUCGAGGAUGGCCAGAUUGAAUCAUGGUUGAAGGAUUUCAAGGACGGAAAAGUUCCUGCCCACAAAAAGUCUCAACCUAUUCCAGCUGAGAACAACGAACCAGUAAAGGUUGUUGUAGCUGAGAGCCUUGACGACAUAGUCAUCAAUUCUGGAAAGAACGUCUUGAUUGAGUUCUAUGCACCGUGGUGUGGACAUUGCAAAAAACUUGCCCCGAUCUUGGACGAAGUAGCUUUGUCGUUCCAGAAAGACCAUACUGUGAUCAUAGCAAAACUAGACGCAACCGCAAAUGAUAUCCCAAGUGAUCUCUUUGAUGUGCAAGGCUUCCCGGCCAUAUACUUUAGAUCAGCGAGUGGAAAAAUUGUAGUGUACGAAGGAAGCAGGACAAAGGAAGACUUCAUAAGCUUCAUUGAGAAGAACAAACCAACUUCUCAUGGUGAAGAGUCUUCUACUAAGGAUGAGCUCUAA